AAUGGUUUUGUAAUGUGCGUCUUGACCUACGUACUAGUAAAGGAAAGGAUUUUUAUAAUUUUAAAUCAAAUCAAUUAUUGAACUGAAAUUAAAAAAUUUAGCUGAAUGACAUAAUUGGAAUUUUGUGCGUAUCCGGCCAUCUGAGCUGCAUAAUUGCAAAACUGUACGUCAUGGCGAGAUUUGGACAAAUGUUGAUCGACGAGAGUGAGCACCUGAAGUCUAGCAUGGCUUUUAAAGUGUGGCCUGACAUGGGAAAGCGGAGGGACGCGCACAUCAUCAGUCUCAGGUGCUCGAACCCUAUCGCCCUGACGGGAAUGAAAUACUUCACUUUAUCAGUCGAGGUGUUUGGAAGGGUUUGCAGCGUUGCGUUGAGCUAUUUUGUAGUACUACUUCAAAUUCACUGAAUAUAAUUGGCCGUGAAAAAAAAUGUAAUGGAUCGAUGCAUUGCUUGUUAUUAAUUAUUUAU